AUGAGUAAUAGGUUCUUGUUUACUUCAACUGUAAAUGAUGAUACUCACGAUAAAAGAACUAAAGAUGAUCAUGUUGAUGAAUCUCAAUCAUUAUUAAUAGUUAAAAAUGAUGAUCAAGUUGAUAUUGUUGUUAUGGAUGAUGAUACAGGAUUAUCUGUUAUUAAACGUGAUGUUGGAUUAGUUACAAUUGUAUUUGUAUUAGUUGUUGUAUAUUUUAAACUUUUUUAA